GCCUUGCGAAGGGAGUGUGUCCGUUCUCGGGCGAAGCGGCUGAAGAUGAACCUAUGAGCGCGAAGUAUCAGAAACCGCCGGACCACAGCAAUUCUGAGCCGUUUAAGGAAGGACGCCGCAAUAAAGUGCAUCCUGACAUAGAAAUCCACACAGAGGAAGAGAUAAACCAUCCAGUACUGGGAAAGAUGAAGCUUGUAACUAUACCCGUGCCAAAUACACACACAGGGGAAGACUUCACCAAAGGGUAUAUGCUCUUCAACGACGAGGAAUCGCCUGAAGAAAGUGAUGAUUUUAUGCUGGAGGACGAUACGCUGUCAGAACGGGAGAAGCGGCGAUCGGAAGCAUUCACAGCUGCUGAAUCUGAGGAGGACAUCAUCUCAGCAGACGACUCGUGGGGUGGGGCGUUUCGCGCGUCGGCGAUGAAUCCCACACAGAAAAACUGGACUGGCAAUCGGGGACCGGAGAGUCACCGGAGAAUGACGGCGGAAAACAGAACGAAGAUUUCUCCAGCUUCGCAACAGAGCCAUUGGACAAAGAAGUGCUGCACAUGCGGGGAUCCCCCAGAGGAGGAAUGUCUUCGUGAAAGAGACGAGUGCGGCUGUGGGGACUCGGGAGCGCUACGAGAGGACGGCCAUGUUAAGUGUACGUGGCGCUGCUGCUGUUGCUGAGGGUUAUCGUAUUUUCCCUGUGGCCAUUAUUAGUGUUGUUCUUUAGUUAUUU